AUCUGUGCAGCAGAGUUUCUAGGUUAUACGCAUUACACAAACAUAUGUGAUAUUGUUGCGUUACGUCUACAUGACAGAGUAGAAAGAUGACGGAUGAGCGAAAUUUUCGUUCGCAAUAUUAUGAAAAGGUUGGUUUCCGCAGUGUCGAAGAAAAGAAAUCUCUGGAGAUAUUGUUGAAGGAGCGCCCGCUUGACAAGACAAAGCUAAAGCAGUUUUGUUUAAGAUUCACUGUACCUGCUAUGUACAGAAACUUCUUGUGGAAAGUCUUACUCGACGUUGUACCAGUUUACUCGGAGAGCCAGGGAUUUAUAAUGGCUCAGCGCAAGGCGGAAUUUCAGGAUUUGCAGAGAGCACUGAGGGUCGCAAAGAUUAUAGACGACUUUACGAAACCGCAUCUAAUAUUUCUAGCAAUGUGGUUGUUACGUAAAAGAAGAGCAAAAGUUGAUAUGGCUGCUCAAUUGGAAUCGCCGUUAUACAGAGCCAUGAGCAAAAUGGCCGAGACACUGUGGUACGUGAUUGAUGUUGAAUCAGAAGAAGAGAAACUAGUGGAUAUGUAUUGGAUAUUGUCAGGACUUUUUGUACAAGUUGAGAAGCUACAGAAAGAAGUAGGAAAAUUGCAAGACUGUACAUAUGCAUUGUUGGAAAAAGAAGACGUAGAAUUAUACAAGCAUCUUGUUAAAAUUGAUGCACUUUAUAAUCUUCCAUAUGAUAUUUGGUUUUAUUCGUGUUUUGCUGGCAUAAUAUGCAAUGGAUCUAUUGCUAAGAUAUGGGAUAAAAUAACGGUUGGUGCAUAUCGAAUUUUAAUAUUCGUUGCCGUCGUUACGUUAACUACUUUGAGGCGACUAUUAUUAAGAUGCGAAAGCAUAGAUCAUGUAUUAGAUACUAUCAAUAAUAUAACAGAAGAAACAUCAGAGGUGAUAGUCAAUAAAGCAAUUGAAUCAAUACAACAAAGUGGAACAACUCAACAAGUUGACAUGUAUUUCACAAAGCAUAGUUAAUGUUUUACACAUAAAAAUACAUUAUAUAUUGUGCGAUGAAGUUAUUAUCGAUAAAAUUAAAAUCCCUAAUUUUCUCAAACUUGCCUCAUUUAAAUGCUAUAC